AUGGAAAGGUCAUCUUGUGCCGGCUCACUGUCGAGGCAUAUUAUAAAUGAAUCUGGGUUCUAUGCUCCUGUAAUGAAAUGGAAACAUAAACUUGCUGUAAAAGCUCAUGAGGAGUAUAUGCAGAACCGGAGCAUCCAAAACAAGCGAAAUACAUUUCGGUCAAAAACUACAGGUGCGAAGUUCACUGGGGAUAACCAAAAGCAUUUUCAGAAUCCUGCAUCUCUUUAUUCUGAAAAAGCAAAAGAGCAAAAUUACCAGUCGUCUACCUAUUAUCCUGUCUACAACAUGAAGCAACCCGAUCCUGCGGUAUCCUCUAGCUAUUCCCAUCCGCAGUUUUCAAAACAAAUUCCUGGUGUUUGGUAUCCAACUCCGUAUGGAGUACCUGGACAGUAUAGUAUUCCUUAUCCAUUGACAUAUUACUAA